CUUCUGUAAUCGGAAGGAGCUAACGACUUUCUUCUGAAUCUCGCCGAGUAGUGUAUGUCUUCGAAGAAGAUGAAUUCAACAAACGACGCGAGUAGCAGCCGUGACGUCGUAGGCGGAGGAGAAAGCGUGAUCGUUGAUCAUGGUCGCCGGAGAGGCACUUGCGGCUACUGUAAAUCCCCAGCUCGCUCCAGUAUCUCUCACGGUUUAUCAGCAGAGACUCUUACCGUUAGUGACUACCAAGCUCUUAUUGACCGAGGCUGGAGACGAUCUGGUUGUUAUCUUUAUAAACAGGAGAUGGAUAAAACUUGUUGUCCUUCUUAUACGAUUCGCUUGAAAGCAAGUGAUUUUGUUCCUUCUAAAGAGCAGCAGCGAGUGUCUAGGAGACUAGAGAGGUUCUUGGAUGGCAAACUAGAUGUGCAGUCCAGGGAACAAACAGAUGCUUCUUCCUCUCAUCAAGUGUCAGAUUCAGGGAGAAAAACCUUUGGAACUGCUAGAAGUGAAGAAAAGAAUAACGUUGAACCAGUUAUGGAUGAUUUGUCUAAAAUGAUUGAUCAGGCUGUGCAAAUAUGCAUACAGAGCGGUGAAUUCCCUUCUAAUAUGCAGAUACCUAAAGCUUCAGUGAAGAAAGUUUUCUUUGAUAAAAGGAAGAAACUAUCUAAAGGGCCUGAACAACUCUUAUAUACAAGCAACGUUGCAUUUCCAUUAGCAGCUGCAAUAAAACGCACACUGUCAUCUGAGAAAGUGGAGAUGAAUGGAAACAAGUUAUCACCAGAAAUUAUCUCUGAGAUGUUGUUAACUGCGAUGAGUAAGGUGGGGGAAACUCCAGGCAUAUCUAUUAAGGUCUCUAAAGGCCAUAUCAAUUUUCUUUCAGCUUCCCAAGAUUCUUUCUCUGAAAAGGAUGUUGUUCCUAAUGAUAACAUCUCAAGAGGAGCUAAGAAAGACUCAGAAAACCAUAAGGUAAGAAAGCUAAAGCUGGAGAUGCGUUUGAAAAGGUCUAGUUUCGACCCUGAAGAACAUGAGUUAUACAAACGUUAUCAGCUCAAAGUGCACAACGACAACCCAAGCCACGUAGUAGAACAUUCAUACAAAAGGUUUUUGGUAGACUCUCCUUUAAUAUAUGUUCAACCUUCAGGAAAUGACGAGAAGGUUCUUGUUCCUCCUUGUGGCUUCGGCUCUUUCCACCAACAAUAUAGAGUUGAUGGCCGUUUAGUAGCUGUUGGGGUUGUUGAUAUUCUGCCUAAAUGUUUGUCAAGUGUAUACUUAUUCUGGGAUCCAGAUUAUGCAUUCUUAUCGCUUGGGAAAUAUUCUGCAAUACAAGAGAUUAACUGGGUCAGAGAGAACCAAGUUCACUGCCCUACUCUUGAGUAUUACUAUCUUGGCUUUUAUAUACAUUCUUGUAGCAAGAUGAGAUAUAAAGCAGCUUACCGUCCAUCCGAGCUUCUAUGUCCUCUCCGUUUCCAGUGGGUUCCAUAUGAUGUAGCGAGGCCAUUGCUUGAUAAAAAGCCAUAUGUCAUCUUGUCUGAUAUCAAGGAAUCACAAAGCCAAUGUUCUUCACAACCUCAUGCUUCUGAAACUCUCGGGACAAGUGAACAUGAAGAGAUGGAACAAGGGGAGACGAAUGACCAUUUUAUGGGCGGAAGUGAUGAUGAUGAGGAUGAAGAAAUGGAUGAAAGUGAAUCAGAAGACACUUACAUUGAGUCAGAUAUUAUAGACAAUAUCAUUAUUGGUCUUUAUGGAACGCAAUAUAGAUACAAGGUAAAGGAAACUCCAUUUCGUUUUAGAUCAUUGUUAAAGCUAAUUGGGUGUCAUCAGUGUUUACCAUUAUCAAACUCACAUGUUGACAACAAAACAAAACGUUGGAUUUGGAAGGAUCUACGGAAAAUGCUGAAUCCUGUAGGCCGGAAGCAAUUGGAGCCUAUGUUACAAAGCUACCGCAAGGUUGUGGGGGAGGAGCUGGCGGAGAGAAUGGUGUAUGAACUCAGGUAAAGGCUUGAUAUACAACUCCGUUGAACUUAUUACCAUUUAUUUAUCUCAAAAACUAAAGAAAUUGUUUGUAAUGAUAGCAUUCCGAGCGUUUGUCAUGUUUCAGUUGUUGUCUGCAUGAGAAUUCUUGUGUACACUGUUGUAUCUCUUCAAGCUUUACAGCUGUUUGCUAUGUUCACAUUCCCUCUAUUGCAUGAGAAUUUUUUUUUUUACUUGUACUGAAUUAUUUAUGGAUGUGUGAGAUUUAGAAAUAAA